UAUUUAACUUGAUGAUUAAUAAUAAGAAAUAAUACUAAUUGACACAAGCAAGCGACGUCUUAACAUUUAAAACAGUUCAUAUAACUAAAUUGCGCGAAUACUUUAUAUAUUCCAUAUGUAUACUUAUGUACAUACUCAACGUUCGAUUUGUUUCUGUGAGUUGUCUUUGCAUUUGAUACCGAAGAGCAGUGUAUUUCGUAAAAUGUAGGUGUGCAUUAUGGAUAUGAAGGUAAUUUAAUAGCUAAAUAAUCUCUAAGUUGUAUAAAUAAUUUAAGACUAAAUUAAUUUAUUUAUUAAUUAUAGUAAGCCACUGACGUACUGUAUACAAUAUAGUACACAUAUUCCACUCACGCAUCGUUCUAUGCACGAAUGUAUGUAUGUAUGUAUGUUUGUAUGCAUGUAUGUAUGUGUGUACUUUAACUUUAACACUUAAUGUGCGAUUAGAGCUUAGACAUAUUCACUUAUCGAUUUCAUAAUUUUGAUCAAUUGCGUUGCAUUCGUAUGUGAACGAUUACACUCCGCAAUAGAGUAAAUUGUGAAAACUAACCUAAAUUAAAUUAAAAUUUAUUUCAACAUUAAGAGCAUAUCAAAUACACUGACACAAAUGAAUCAUUUAUAAACGCUGAAACGCUUUGGGCUGUUGUUGCUAUACCAAAAAGAAAACAAAAACAAAAUAUUACUUAAAAAUGAGUGAAACCGCCAAGCCAAAAUUUAUUUUUGAUUUUCAAAAGUUGAUCAAAACUUUCACUGAGAUCUGUCCGGACUUCUGUGCCGAGCCGAGCUAUGCGAAUGCCACAGUGAGUCGCCGGUUCGCCGAGCAGGUGAUCUUCGAGUACAGCAAGGAGGCCAAAGAGGCCAAGGCGAAGAACCUCGAUGAGAUUCAGAGAAUGUCGCUGCAGACAAAGAACGCCCAGGAUUACUUAAUAAAGAACAGGGUGACCAUAGUGCUGCACACCCGAAAUCCGGCACCGCCGAAGCAACCCAGCCUGGUAGACGGCAAUCUAGAGCUGACCUUCAAGCAGGCCAGUCUGCUGGCUGUGGCCAAGUACUGCCAGCUGGUGCCGCAUCUGGUGCAGCGCGAUGAGAUUGUGCUCACUCCGCUGGCCGGGGCGGUGUUCGCCAAGGAGGAUAUGCCGCAGCUGGCCAGAGUGCUGAACGAGCCGCUGGCCGAGCUGGUGAUGGCCAUCAUCAGCAGCUGCCAGACGGAUGGCUACUAUCUGGAGCACAGCCGCUGCGAGAUCGCACUUGCAGCCCUCAUCAAGACGGUGAGCGAUCUGAAGAUGCGAGCUUCGCUCGUCAAGAAGACCAUCAAGAUGUACAAGCUCUAUGGGAAGGAGUUCGACAUGCGCAGGUUCCAAAUAUGCACCAGGUUCCUCAAGUCCGAUAGCAGUUCGAAUCGCUCGAGCAAUGAUAUCGAGCAGAUUUUUUCCAGUGUCAUGGCAAUCGAUCUGAAAGCCGACUCAAAGCCUGUGCGUCCCAUCCCGAAGACCAAGAUGACGUGCGCCGCGAACUUCAGCGGUAAAACUCUGCAAAGCAACAAAAAAUGAAACUUUAUCUACUUUUCUUAACGUGGUACUUAUUGCGCGGACA